UUAUAAACACCAUUUAAGGAUAUUUACAAAAAAAGAAAGAGUCAUUCAACAUGUCCGUGCAACAGCAUCAACAGCAGCAGCAGCAACAGCAGAAGAAGUCGUACAGUAACCCGGCUUUUUGCCAGCAAAGCGAGUUCCAGAAUAGAAGUCCGCAGAGGAAUUUGCGGCAAUCGCCGAUCGGCGCGCAAAAUACGCGAUACGAAGAGCAGGAGUUCUACGAGGAGAUGGUCGUCGAUGAUAGAGGAGCGGUGCAGGAGAAAAAGUUUGUUGUAGUUCAUAACGACGAUGCCAGACCCAAGUAUCGGUACGAGUAUAUCCCGAUGCAGGAUAGUGAGCCGGUAAAAAGGAGAGUUUACCAUGAGGAGAUCGAUGCUUCGACGGGAAGAGUGCAUCGUUAUGAAGUUCUUCAGCAGGAGCAGAGUUACGAACCGCCGCAGCCGCCGCCACCACCACAGAGGUACCAGAAACCUCCUCCACCACCGAGAUACCCGAUCUCCCCACGUCAAGCGCCUCGGUACGCCGUCGUGCCCGGCGACGAAGACCCUCAGCAGCGAUACGCUUUGGUGCCCGUCGAAGAACUCGCCAACCGUUACGACUACAUCCGGCCGGUGAUAUCACCUCAACCGAGACGUGCGAACCCGGCAGCAACCGCCAAACUCCACGAGCUCCUCACCACGCCGAAGAAGACGCCGCAAAAGCUCUCCACUCCCAUCUCACCGAUUCCGAAACCGCAACCGAAAGCUCAGCAGAAACUCAAUUACACGUUAGCGACGCGCACCCCGGACAAAAGGAAUACAGCUAUAGUCGCACCAAUUUGCUCGAGUCCGGUGCAAUCCGUCUACAGCGAAACCACCUUCGCCAAGAACGAUUCCUUUAACAAUUUGAGCGGUCCCGUGCAGAAGACUUUGGCUAUUGCAGCCUUCAUGAUGAUCCUCUGCGGCGGCGUCACCACAUCCCUGUGCUUCUACAUGAUCUCCUUCAUGGGCCGCAUCUAUUACCUCGACUUCGGCGCCAUCUCCGGAUUUACUUGUCUCCUCCUAGGUCUUUUAGGAUUCAGAUCAAGGAACGUCUACUGGCUACCCAAUCGUCACUACAUCACCGGCUACUUCCUUCUAAGCAUCUUCAGUCUACUAACAGCCGCGAGUCUAUUAGUAUUACUGUUCAUGCAGCCGAAACCGGGCAGUCCUCUGGCCGACAUGACUUCAGGCGCAGUCUGUGGAUUUUCUGCUCUAUCUCUUCUCAUGGCUUCCUUCGGAAUCGUAGCAAGCUACUGUUGUAGAGUUCCUCCACCAGAUAACAGAGUUCAACAUUGCGCUCCAGGAUUCACAGUUUAAAAAAAAAAUCAUCAUAAUUCAGCAAUUUCCAUCAUACAUA